AUGAAGGUCACGGCGCUCGACGGGCGCCAGCUGCGCAAGAUGCUGCGCAAGGAGGCGGCGGCGCGCUGCGUGGUGCUGGACUGCCGGCCCUACCUGGCCUUCGCCGCCUCCAGCGUGCGCGGCUCCCUCAACGUCAACCUCAACUCGGUGGUGCUGCGGCGGGCGCGCGGCGGCGCCGUGUCGGCGCGCUACGUGCUGCCCGACGAGGCGGCCCGCGCGCGGCUGCUGCAGGAGGGCGGCGGCGGCGUGGCGGCCGUGGUGGUGCUGGACCAGGGCAGCCGCCACUGGCAGAAGCUGCGCGAGGAGAGCGCCGCGCGCGUCGUGCUCACCUCGCUGCUCGCCUGCCUGCCUGCCGGCCCGCGGGUCUACUUCCUCAAAGGGGGAUAUGAGACCUUCUACUCGGAAUAUCCUGAUUGUUGCGUGGAUGUCGAACCCAUCUCCCAAGAGAAGAUGGAGGCUGAGAGAGCGCUCAUCAGCCAGUGUGGGAAGCCAGUGCUCAGCAUCAGCUACAGGCCAGCCUAUGACCAGGGCGGCCCAGUUGAAAUCCUCCCGUUCCUCUACCUUGGAAGUGCCUACCACGCAUCCAAGUGCGAGUUCCUCGCCAACCUGCACAUCACGGCCCUGCUGAAUGUCUCCCGGCGGACCUCCGAGGCCUGCACGAGCCACCUACACUACAAGUGGAUCCCCGUGGAAGACAGCCACACGGCUGACAUUAGCUCCCACUUUCAAGAAGCAAUAGACUUCAUUGACUGUGUCAGGGAAAAGGGAGGCAAGGUCCUGGUGCACUGUGAGGCUGGGAUCUCCCGCUCACCCACCAUCUGCAUGGCUUACCUCAUGAAGACCAGGCAGUUUCGCCUAAAGGACGCCUUCGAUUACAUCAAGCAGAGGAGGAGCGUGGUCUCACCCAACUUUGGCUUCAUGGGCCAGCUCCUGCAGUAUGAGUCUGAGAUCCUGCCUUCCACGCCCACCCCCCAGGCCCCCUCCUGCCAAGGGGAGGCGGCCAGCUCGUCCUUCAGAGCCCAUUUGCAGACACUGAACCCUGAUGUGCAGGGUUCCUACUAUGCAUUCCCUACCUCGGUGCUGGCGCCAUUGCCCGCCCACUCGACGGUCUCAGAGCUCAGCAGGAGCUCCAUGGCCACAGCCACAUCCUGCUAA